GUUCAGGUCAUUCCUUUUCAACAUCUCGAACUGAACACAUCGCUCCAGUAAAAUAAAAAGGAAAUGAAAAAUUAAUCCAAAUUCUAAAUUUUAGUUGAGGCCAAACACAACUAUUUUCCCAGCAGCAAAAACCAAAAUAAAAACUUCAAAAAUAUCAACAAUAUCUGGAGAAGCCGUUGGCCCUAACCGAAACUAAGCCUUCAACAUGGUUCUGAUGCUCGUGUGCUCCUUCGAUCCCUUCUACAUUGGACCCUGCCCUCCCGGCUGCUUGGCGCCUCUGAAGGGUGGAUGCUGCUCUCCGUGCUGUGGCCCUUCCUGUGGACCUUGCUGCGGGCCUUGCGGCCCCUGUGGUUGCUGCAGCUCUUGCCCCUGCGGAUGGUAGGGCGUCGAUUGGAAAUAAUUUGGCGGAAACGUUGUGAUGAGUAAGGAGCUAUUUCAUCCUUCCGUAUGCCGACUACAAUAUGAGACUACCACGUUGUGAAAGCUGUACUCGUUGCUGCUGGGGAGAUCAGUUGCUGUUGAAUCUCGUCCCUUGGCCUAGGAACACUCACACCAGUUUCCUCAUCCAAAACCAUUUAGAGCAGACUGUUUCGAAAUAAAGUGAAUAUAAAA